AUGCGUAUGCAAGUGGCCACUGCCGUGGCCGCAUGGGCUGUCACCUCGGCCUGUCAGAGCCUGCCCAUCACUCGGAACCUUUGGUCGCGCGAUGCCGACUACAAGGAUCUCAGCGAGAAGCUUUCCGUCUCCGCUAAAGUUUACUAUCCUGGCUCGGAUGAGUUCGAGCAGGCUUCCACUCGGUGGUCCAAUUUGGAGAAACCCACCGUGAACAUCGUCGUCGUUCCCGGCACUGAGAAUGAUGUCGUCGAGACGGUGCAAUUCGCCAACAAGAAGCAAUUACCGUUCUUGGCCUACAAUGCCGCCCACGGAGCCAUCACCACACUGGGAAAGAUGGACCGCGGUAUCGAGAUCUACUUGGACCAGCUCAGCGGUGUCGAUAUCGCCGAGGAUGGCAAGACCGUGACUAUUGCUGGUGGAACCAAGUCCAAGUUGGUGACCGACACGCUCUGGGAUGCUGGCAAGCAGACGGUUACUGGCGCAUGCGAAUGUGUCAGCUACCUCGGACCCGCCUUGGGUGGUGGCCACGGCUGGCUGCAGGGCCGCCACGGGCUUAUUGCAGACCAGUUCGAGUCGAUGAACAUUGUGCUUGCCAACGGCACGCUUGUCACUCUGGACUCCAGCUCCGAGCUCUGGUGGGCCAUAAAGGGUGCGGGCCACAACUUCGGCAUCGUCACCUCUGUGACCUCCAAGAUCUACGACGUCGAGUACAGGGACUGGGCCAUUGAGAUCAUUACCUUCAGCGGCGACAAGGUCGAGGAGAUCUACGAAGCUGUGAACACGCAUCUCCUGAAGGACGGCAGCCAGCCCACAGACGUCAUUAACUGGUCGUACUGGGUUAACGAUCCCGCCGCGGAUGCGACCAACCCCGUCAUCCAAGUAAUCAUCAUCCAAGAAGGCGUCCAGGCCGUUGACACCGCCUAUACCGCCCCUUUCCACUCCAUGGACCCUAUCUCCAUUGAGCCCCAUAGCGGCAGCUACACCGACCUCGCCGAAUGGGUCGGCGUCACCACGACCUCCGGACCAUGCGAGAAGAACGGCGCCAUGAACCCGCGGUUCCCCAGCUACCUGGAGACGUACAACGCGACCGCGCAGAAGCAAGCCUACGAGGUGUUCGCCGAGGCCGUGCGUGGGUCGUCCAUCUUCAACGGAUCCCUGGUGACGUUCGAUGGAUACUCCACGCAAGGCGUGAAGUCCAUCGCCGCUGAUAGCACCGCGGUCCCCUACCGUGACCAGAACAUCCUCGUCGGGCCCUUGAUCGCCUACAUGCCCGGGGACGCCGAGCUGGACGAGAAGGCCGCCCAGGUGGGCAACCAGAUCCGCCAGAUUCUGCACGAAGGGUCUGGCCGCGAGCAUGUCCUCGCGUAUGUCAACUAUGCCUAUGGCACCGAGGGCCCCGAGGAGUGGUACGGUAGCGAGGAGUGGAGACAGAGCCGGUUGCAAAGCUUGAAGAAGAAGUACGACCCUAAUGGGAUGUUCAGCUUCUAUGCGCCGAUUGUUUAG